CAGUCUGCCUGGAAGCCGGUGAUGCAUUCCCACUCGGCCCACAGCGAGUGGGUCCGUGUGCGCCGGGAGGAUACGGAGCUUCCUGUCUGAGCUCGAUCUGCCGCAGAGGACUCCCCUGCUGCUGCUGCUGGAGGUGAGGGAGGGGAGAGCGGCGCUGACAGAUGAAGGACGGCCUGAUCUGGAUCAGACCGCGAGAUGUGCAGCCUCUCUCCGCAAGGACACAGCAGCUCCAGGGACGACCUACCGACACAUGUGCAGCUGGAUUGUGUCAACAGGAAGUGAGCGUGAGUGACUGUGUUGUCGGGCGACCGGGAUCCUGAUGCGAUCAGAGCGGGCGAGCAGAGUGUGCAUCGUGGUGCUGGAGGAGGUGGAGGAGGAUGAACCCACCUCUUCACACGGGCCUCUUUGGCCCAAACCGCCCCCUGACCACAGACACCAUCAGCCCUCUCCCAGGGCUCAGGAAGACAAGCAGGCUCCGCCCCACGGUAGUGAAAAACACAUUGGUAAACUUCAUUCUUCAUUUCUGCCUCCUCUGCUCAGAGCCAUUUUCAGCGGCAGUGCCGAAGAAGUUCGUGCUCUUCUGCUCAACAAUGAAGAUGUCAACCUUCAGGACGAGGAGCAGCGGACUCCGCUUCACGCUGCAGCCCACGUUGGCCAUGCUGACAUCAUUGAGCUGCUCAUCCUCUCAGGAGCCAAAGUUAACGCCAAAGACAAUAUUUGGAUGACUCCGCUGCAUCAAGCUGUCGCCUCUUGUAGUGCGGAGUCUGCGCUGAUGCUGCUGAAACACGGUGCUGAUGUGAACGCUCAGGACAAGAGAAAGGUCACGCCGCUCCACGUAGCAGCAAGCAGCCGCAGCCUGAGACUCACCAAACCAUCCACUCCUCCGCCCAGCGACCCUGACGCUGCUGAAGAGGACGGGCCCUCGCCACUUCUGGAUGCCACCGACGGCGCGCACUUGUUGGAGAUGGUCCAGCUGCUUCUGUGCAAAGGAGCAGAUGUCAAUGCAGAGGACGAGGACCAAAUCAGAGCCAUCCACUGGGCAACCUGUCUGGGUCACCUUGAUAUUUUCGAGUUGUUGGUGGCAAACGGCGCAGACAUCGACUGCGUGGACGCCAUGGACAACACUCUCCUCCACCUCGCCGCCUACAACGGGGUCAUGUCCGCCGUCUGCUACCUGCUGCAGCUUGGGGUCUCGGUGAACUCCAGUAACAUCUAUGGAAACACUCCGCUCCAUCUGGCGUGUUUGAAAGGACACAACCUGGUGGUCUCUGCCCUGGUUGAGUGUGGCGCUCAAGUUAACCAGGUGAACAACAGAGGGUUUUCAGCCCUUCACUACGCCUCCUCCUCCUGUCAGGGCGAGCUGUGUCAGAAAAUACUGUUGGUCAACGGAGCCUGUCUGAGCCUGCAGACCCAGAGUGGAAAGACCCCUCUGCACUCGGCUGUAGCAAACGGCAGUCUGUCCUGCACCAGGACCCUCAUCCGAAGUGGAGCUGCGAUCGAGAGCGAGGACAACAGUGGGAACAGUGCUCUGCACUUGGCUGCCCUCUACGGCCACAACCUCAUCAUCACAGCUCUUCUCCAGCAUGGGGCCGAUGUGCUGAAACGCGGCGUUCACGGUCUCCUCCCCAUUCACCUGGCCGCUCUCAGCAGCCACCUGGAGUGCUGUGACAAGCUCCUCCUCUCAGGUUUCGAUGCCGACACCUCUGACCACUAUGGGAGGACGUGUCUGCACGCAGCAGCUGCUGGAGGAAACCUGGACUGUUUGGAAAUGCUCCUGAACGUUGGAGGGGACCUGAACCGAAGGGACAAGUUUGGAAGGAACCCUCUUCACUAUGCAGCGGCACACAGUCACUUCCAGUGUAUGUUUGCGCUGGUGGUCUCCGGGGCCAACGUCAAUGAGCGUGACGGGAAGGGCUGCAGCCCUCUGAUGUACGCAGCUGCUGCCACCAGCUCUGACCCUCAAUGUCUGGAUUAUCUGCUGAGUAAUGACGCUGACCUCAAGAUUCAGGACAACCAGGGUUACGGCGCACUGCACUAUGCAACAGCCAGCGGCCGAACACUGACCCUGCUGCAUUUGAUAGAGACUUCAGGACCGGACGUGCUGAGCCACUUUUUCCGCAGUGCACCAUUCAGCCUGCUCCAUCUGGCGGCUCACCACGGACACAGAGACUCCCUCGAGGUCCUCCUAACCUUCCUGCAGCAGGUGGACGUAUGCAGCGCGGCGGGCCGCACGGCUCUGACGCUGGCCGCCAGCUCAGGUCACCAGGACUGUGUCUCUCUCCUGCUGGUGCACGGCGCCUCCCCUCUGCUCCAGGAUGGCGCCGGCAGGACAGCGAUGCACGCUGCAGCGGCGAACGGUCACCUCCAGUGCCUGAGUCUGCUCCUGAAGAGCAGCGGCGGAGCUGCAGACCUGCAGGACGCCCACGGAGAGACGCCCCUGAUGUUGGCCGUGUUGAACCAACACUGUGACUGUGUCGACCUCCUCCUCAGUAAAGGAGCCAGAGUGGACGUCCCAGACUGGCAGGGGCGGACGGCGCUGCACCGAGCUGCGGUGAUCGGGCGCGAGGCAGCUGUGGUCUCCCUGCUUCAGUUCGGAGCGAGUGUCUGCACCAGGGACGACCAGGGUCACACGCCUCUUCACCUGGCUUCUUCUUUUGGCCGAGGGGCAGCUCUGAGGGUCAUGCUGCAGGCCACUAGCGCCUCCCACGUCCACUCCCACAUGACCGACAGGAGGGGCUACACACCCUUGCACUGGGCCGCCUACAAUGGUCACAUGGCCUGUGUGAAGAUGCUGCUGAAGCACAAAGUCUGCUGGAAGGGAAACUCCUUCAGCCCGCUGCUCUGUGCUGUAGCCAACAACCACAAGGCAGUGGCGGAGAUGUUGAUCACCUCUCUCGGUAAAAGGACGGUGAACUCAGUCGACUCCAGAGGAAGGAGUCCUCUGCACGCUGCUGCUUUCUCCAAUCACGUGGAGUGUGUUUCCCUGCUGCUGACCCACGGUGCCAGGGUCGACGCGGCGGACCGGCCGACUGGCCGCACGCCGCUGAUGAUGGCUGCACACCUGGGACACACAGACGCCGUGGGGCUGCUGGUGAGCAGAGCUGAUCUGAGCGUGCAGGACGUCGACGGCAACACAGCCUUGCAUCUGGCCUGCAGCCAGGGCUAUGAACAAGUGGCCUUGUUGAUUCUGAAGAGCAGCGAUGAGAACGUCACUCGCCUCAAAAACUCCUCCCAUCACACAGCUCUGAAUGUUGCAGCCAGGAACGGUUUGGCCGCCGUGGUCCGGAUUCUCGGAGCUACAGUGGAGCAGGACACGUAGCUUUUCCUGGUGGACUCAACCCUGAUUACCAUGUAAUCUCCGUCUUCUGGAGGUUCUACUCCAGCGCUGGUGGAGGACCUGUGCCUCGGACACGUCCUCGCAGCAACACUGUGAACAAUGGCUGUCUCCGAUUCAGAAGCCUCUCUGCUGCUCCUUGUCUCAGCGCCACGCGCUGCACACUCCAGUCCCAGUCCUGGAGGCCGGGUCGCUCCAGCAGCUCUGACUGGGUCACAGUCAAACUGCGGAGCCGUCCACACUUGAAAACCCAUGUCUCUUGUUUCCUUUAACCGGCCUCUUGAUAUGAUGGGGAUCUGUUCUCUCUCUUUAUACUUUAAACAAACGGCAUCAUGUACUUUUUUCCUUUUAUAUUUUUCAGCACAGAUCACAGUUUAGCUGGAAAUGUUUAACUUAUAUUUUCCUCCAAAAUGAUCAAUCAUCAUGUCGAAAUGUUUUAUGUUGCCUUUCUACUGUUUCCACUUUAAUCCUAAUUUUUAAGACAUUUUAUUAGUUUAUAAUUCAUGCAUUUCAAAUUUAAGAUUUUAUCUAUUUUUAUAGUGAUAAUAUAGUAAUAAGUGAUGAUAUAUAUAUAUAUAUCUCAAGUUUCAGAACCUUGUUCACAAAGUACUUUAUUGUGCAUUAUCAAUAGUUUCAAUUUUUCUAAUUUAUCAGAUUACUGCUAUUAAGACAGUAAUCCCUCACUACAUACUUUUCUUUACAUUGUGUCACUAGAAUCUAUAGCAAGAUCACAGCAUUAUAUUUUGGCUUUCUUUAUUUUAAAAUGAUGUAAAUAAAGAUAAAAUUAUAAAUCAUGUUGUAAUGGAAACACGACUGCAUUUAUUUAAUAUUUAAAACUGGGAUUUCAUUCAAUCUGUUUAAUAAUGUUUUGCUCACACAAUGUCAAGCUUGCUGUAUGGUGGUAGAUUUGCUGACUCGUGUUUUCCAGGCUCAGAUAGAAACACUUUGCCAUCGAAGGUUGUACGAACAAAAGUGUGCAUGUGAGCGGUGUGUUUCAUUUUGACAGGUCAGCAGUUUUAAUACUUUUAUUGGAACGUCCAGCAUGUCUGAGGCUCGUUCAAGGCACAAGGUUGGUUCCAGUUGGCAUAAACCUGAUGCAUCAGCAACAAUUUCUUACAUUCGAGUCUGACAACCGCUGGACAUUUGCAGUUCACAGUUCUUGUGAUCAAGAUUUUGUAUCGACUUCAAGGUGAAGGUUCAUUAUUAAAC